AUGGCCCCCUUCGCGGCUUCGCUGGACGACCCCGCCCUGUUCGUCGAAAGGGCCUACAUUGACGGGGCUUGGACACACUCCAAGUCCGGCGAGACGUUUACUAUCCGCAACCCCGCCACCGACGAACUGCUCGGCUCCUGCCCAGAAUGCAACGUCGACGACCUCGAAGCCGCCGUACGCGCAGCCGCCACCGCCUUCAACACAUGGCGAGCGGAAUCCGGCCGCGCGAGAGCCCGCAUCCUCAAGAAGUGGUUCGACCUCAUCACGCAGCACCGCGUCGACAUUGGCCGCAUCAUCACCGCCGAGAACGGGAAAGCCCGGCCCGACGCCGAGGGCGAGGCGCUCUUCUCCGCGAGCUUCUUCGAGUGGUUCGCCGAGGAGGCGCCCCGGCUGUACGGCGAUGUCAUCCCCACAGUGCUCCGCCAGCCCGUGGGUGUGUGUGGGCUCAUCACCCCGUGGAAUUUCCCCAUGGCCAUGGCCGCGCGUAAAGUCGCCGCCGCGCUGGCCGCCGGCUGCACCGUCGUGCUCAAGUCGGACGGCCUGACGCCCUUUGCCGCCAACGCCCUCGCUGUCCUGGGCGAGCGCGCGGGGCUCCCGGGGGCGUCUUCAACGUCGUGA